AUGUCAACUCAAGGUCAAUCCUGGAACAGUAUUAAGUAUGGUGAACAAUUUGGUUUCCUUAUUAAUCCUCUGAAAACUAAAAAACCAAAUGUUUUUAUUUAUGGACUUGUUGCUGAUUUAAUCCGUGAACUUCAACAGAAAAUGCAUUUUAAUUACACUAUUGACGUAGCCGAUCUAUCAACAAGCUAUCAUUCUCUUGUUGCAUCCGUUGCAAGUGAUAAUCGUCAAUAUGAUAUUGUUUUAUCUGAUAUUAGAAUAACUUCAGGUCGUCUUCUUACAGUGGAUUUCUCAACACCAUUUCAUGAAAACACAUUUCGAAUAAUAACUCGACAACAUCCAUAUUCUUCAUCACUUAGUCUUUUCUCAUGUUUUAAUCCAUUUACUUGGGAUGUAUGGGUGGCUAUUUUUGCAAUUAUGAUUUAUUCAGGAAUCAUUAUUUAUUUUUUUGAAUAUAAAAAUAUAAAAAUUGAAAAUAGGCAAUCUCAAUCUGAUUUAAAAGAUAUGAUAAUUGGUAUAUAUCAUGCAUUAACUAGUAUUUUGAUCAUGAGUGGUGACAUACGUUUAGCAACAGCUUCAAGUCGAUUAACAGUUUUAGGUUUAUAUGCAUUAGGUGUUAUUCUUGUUGCAACUUAUACAGCUAAUCUUUCAUCUUUUCUUACGCUAAACCGUGUUCAACCGUCUAUUUCCGGUAUUGAUGAUAUAAAAAAUGGACGCAUACCUUUUUCACGUAUUGGUAUAGUCACCAAUUCAGCUGCAUCAGAUUAUUAUAUACAAAAUAUUUCUUCUAAAUAUUAUCCUCUUUCGACAGCUGAAGAGAUGUACUCAAAAUUACUUGAUCAUACAAUUGAUGCAUCCAUAUGGGAUUCAUCUGUAAUUGAAUAUGCUGUUAACAAUUAUUUUUGUGAUGAAUUAACUGUAACUGGUGUUGGUUUUGUUAAAUCAUCGUUUGGUAUUGUCUUACCUAAAAAUUGGAUAUACAAGAGAGAUUUAGAUGUUCAUAUUCUGGCUCUACGUGAAUCAGAACGAUUAGAAUCAUUAGAAAAGAUGUGGGUUAAAUAUCGAGGAUGUCCAUCAUCAUCAAGCAGUUCAAAUUAUGCUGAUGAAUUUUCCUCCUUCGUGAGUCUGGUUAGUCCUAAAAUUGUUCCAUAUUCACUUGGUAUAUUUCAAUUCAAUACGCUUGAACAAGUCACGUUUCCACUUAACAUCAUAAUUCCAUCUACAGCACGAAAGGUUAGCGUAACUGUCUUCAUUCGAAGUGGAAUGAAUUCUGGUGAAGCUGCAUUUAAUGUUUGGUUAUGGACUGAAUGUCCUGAAUAUAGUAUUAGAGAUACAAAAUUCAAACGUGGUUAUCGUUACUAUCAAAGUGCUUAUUCAUUCGAUUCGGAAACACUCGAAUUUCUCUAUUGCUCAUCGAAGCCUGAACUUAAUGUCAUUACCGAUAACCAAGCCAGCAAUGUACAUCUUGAGCUGUACGCCGUAGGUUAUAGUUCAGAAUAA